AUGAUUCCGGUAGAAGACAGGCUUAGCGCCCUGCCGGACUCAAUUCUGUGUCACAUUCUCUCUUUCCUUCCCACCAAACACUCCGCCGCCACAAGCAUCCUUUCUAAGAGAUGGAAUUCAUUAUGGCUCUCAGUCUUCACUCUCGAUUUUGUCGUCAAUAACUUGUCAGACACAGAAACCUUUGACAGGGUGAUUCUAUUGCGUGACAUCAAGGUACCAAUACAAACACUUCGUGUCAAACGUAAUGUUAUGGUUAAACCUCCCGAAUACCCCAACAGUAUCAACCCGCUAAUUAUGGUAGCAAUAGAAAGAGGACUUGAAACCUUAGAACUUGAUAUGGUUAGGGCUUCUAAUAUAUUUUCUUGUAAGACACUUACUGUCAUCAAGUUGAAAAACGUAAGAAUUGUGAGAAACCCUCCUCCAAUAAAUAUUUCACCACUGAAAACUCUGCAUUUGGAUAACGUGCGUUUCGUAGGGGAUACAGAUAUCAUCACCUUUCUCUUAAAUUUUCCCACUCUAGAGGAAUUGCAAACAUGCUAUGUAGUUGUAGAGGAGUUUACUCCAGAAACAGCAAUAAACAAAUGCUUGCCCAAUUUGAAGAGAGCUACUAUUUCUUAUACCGAUGUUAUUCCUCUCUUCAUGCUUUCUAGAGCACUCAUUCUGAGUAUAAAGCUGCAUACAUGGUCUCAAAAAAUCCCCACGUUUCACAGUCUAACUCAACUUGAGCUGUUCUUGGAAUUAGACAGUAAGAAGAAAUGGAAGUGGAUGCUCGAUAUGCUUCAUCAGAGUCCCAAGCUUCAACAUAUUCUUAUCAGUGAAGACAAUUGGCAGAACCCAGAUGCUGUUCCGAAAUGUUUUCAGUCUCAGCUCAAAACUCUCUUAUUUAGGAAUUAUAGAGGCCGGAAAUGUGAGCUACAAUUUGCAGAAUAUGUAAUGCGGAAUUCAAAACUGUUACGUACCUUGACAAUCCGAAGUUCCUGUUCCAUGGAUUCAGAAGCAAAGUCUGAGGUGUUGAAGAAAUUAUCUCUUUGUCCAAGAAGCUGUGAUCUUAUAUUUGAUUGA